AUGAAGCGAAGUCGAGACUAUGGCGCGGGUGUGGAAGUAGAUCCAUCCGAAAAGCGCGGAUGGAAGAUCAUCCACCAGUCUGUUGUCGUCACGCAAAUCAGUCUCCGAAUGCGCUCGCUCAUGGCGUUUGUAGACUUGCGCAUUCGCCCGCUCGAUCGAAACUUGAAAUCAAUCAGAUUGAACGCCCGUCAGUUGCGAAUUUACUGGGUUCGUUGCGACGAUAUCGUCUGCAAGUUCGGCUACGUGGAUCCCAGCUCAAAACUCGCCCGAACCGACUUUCCUCAAAAGAACCACACGUACAUUCAGCAUUGCUACGAGUCCGCGAUCGCCGAAUCCGAUCCAGAUCGAAACCACGGUGAGCUGAAGAUUGACCUACCACCUGAGAUACUCGAGCGGAUUCGAAACAAUCCCGAAUCUCCUCCAACGCUUUCUAUUACAGUUGAAUACACGCUUGAAAAGCCCCGUGGAGGUCUUCAAUUUAUCCAGGGUCCGAACGCCCAUUGCUACAGCUAUGGCGAAAGUAGACAGUGGUUUCCCUGCGUCGAUACGAAUACUGAACUUUGCACUUGGACCCUCGACUUUACCGUUGAUGCGAAUUUAACAGCAGUUUCUUGUGGAGAACUGGUGGAGACUGUUUUGAGCGAAGACAGUAAAACGAAAACCUACCGCUACAAAUUACUCGUCCCCACUAGCGCUCCGAACAUAGGACUGGCCAUUGGAAGCUUUGAUAUUCACGUGGAUCGGGCAAUGCCUGAAAUGACGCAUUUCUCCAUCGCUGGACUGGUCGAUUCCCUCGUGUUUUCAACCAAUACAACUUACCAAGUCAUUGAGUACUUUGAGGACCUUCUCUCCGCCAGAUUCCCAUACGCUCUCUACAAGCAGGUUUUUGUCGAGCGAUUGCCAGACAAAUUCAAGUCCUAUAGUUCGAUGACGCUGUAUGAUACUAAUUUACUUUAUAAUGAGCGAGUCUUGGACCAAGUCAUUCCAACGCGGAAAAUCAUCGCUAGAGCAAUUGCAGCUCAAUUCUUUGGUUGCUUCAUGGUCGCUGGAAAGGAUGGAAACUGGUUGCCAGCGGCGAUUGGUGGUUAUUUGAACUCACUUUGGCUGAGGAAGACAUUUGGAAACUCUGAAUAUCGGUAUUUCAUUUACGAUGAGACGCGGAAAGUCUGCGCGUAUGAAGAGAAGGAAACUCCAAUUGUUCUGGCCAACAGUUUCUCAAAUCAAACAGUUCGGCACAAGAAAAUGGUAGCAAAGAAAGGCCACCUAGUCCUCCGAAUCCUUGAAAAUCGUCUCACAACUUCACUUCUUCUCCAAGCCAUCAACAAACUUCUUGCUAUUUCUCGCGACUCAUACCUCAGAACAGAAGGAAAGCUUCUUGCAAACAAAUCUGGGAAGUUUGAGAAAUCGCCGCAAAUCAUUUCUUCAGUCAGUUUUUUGAAGUUUGUCGCUUCUGUAACCGAAAAAGAUGUGAAAGACUUGUUGGAUCUGUGGGUCCGCCGUGGAGGAGUGGCGAAUAUUGUAGCGUCAUUUUCUUUUCAGCGAAAUAAGAAUACGAUAGAAAUAGAAUUGAAGCAGGAUCGAUCUGGGUCGGUCAGAUACGUUGGUCCAAUGACAGUGAGGGUUCAAGAACUCGAUGGUACUUUUAACCACACGAUUCAAGUUGAAGACAAGACAAACAAGAUCUCGAUCAGUUGUCAUUCCAGAGCGAGGAGAAAUAAGCGAAAGAAGAUACCCCUGCUGAACGGAGAAGAAGUUGACAUUGAUCUUUCCCAGAGCGACCAAGAUUCACCAGUUCUUUGGAUUCGACUCGAUCCAGACUGUAAUUUAUUGAGAACAAUCGAGCUCAGACAACCAGACUACUGCUUACAGUACUUGGUAAAAUACGAGCGAGAAAUCAUUGGCCAAUUAGAAGGAAUCGAACAUCUCAAAGACUAUCCAACAGACAAUACAGUCAAGUCACUGAAAGAAGCCGUGGAAAGCUUAGAUUUCUUCUGGAGAGUGCGAGUUCGUGCAGCAGAAAUGAUGGCUCGUGUGGCAGAUCAAAUGCCAGAUCCUGUUCCUGUAAAAGACGCUCUAUUAUCGGUGUUCAAAAGCUACUUCUGUUUGUCAGAUACAGUUUCGAAAGAACGUCUGGUGCGGAGAAACGACUUUUCGAAUUUUCAACAGUAUUUCGUCCAGUGUGCAAUUCCAUUGGCCAUGUCGAGAAUACGACUCUCAUCGGGGAUGACUCCGGCUGGCGUUUUUACGUUCAUUGCGAAUUUGAUAAAGCACAAUGACAACUCAAAAAACGCGUACCUUGAUUGUCAAUGGAAGGCAAAUCUGGUCACAGCUCUUUCUAACACACUUUGCCGCGCUGUUGUAGCACAGAAGCUUUCGUCUGUUUCAGAAGAGGCAAAAGAAGUUAUCGAGGAAGUAAUGAGAGUCAUGAAUACAGAAUGGUUGCUGCCAACCUACAGACAUGUGACUUUUAUCGCUGCUAUGACAGCGGUAAGAACCCUUCAACGACAGCAGCACAUUCCACCUAGUCCAGAACUAUUCAGGCGUUUUUCGGAGAGCGACCAAUACAGUACAGUACGAGUAGCGGCGAUAAAAUGUCUGAUAGACUACAUCAAGACCGAGAAAAGCAACGCGCUGGAUGAUCUUACGAGACUUUUGCGCUUCGCUUCGAGUGAUCCAGAAGCUAGAAUUAGAUACAAAGUCGUCCGUCUUCUCACCAAAACACCGCCUUUCAAACGAGGUGAUUACAAUAACAAAUUGAAUUGUCCAUUGAUCCGGCAACUCAUCUGGCAGUUGAUUUCUGAGGACUCUGCUUGCGACGCCAGAGUUAGACUUGCUGGAAUACAGCUUUGGAGGGUUUUGUUCGGCGAUGCCGAAUUCGACAGGGAUAAUAAAGUCGUUGCUAAUUCGCAAGGGUCAGACGACGAAAGCAAGAAGAAAAAGAAAAAGAAGAAGAAAAAAGAGAAGAAGCUCAAAAAAGAUCGCGAAAAGGGAGAGACAGAUUUGAACUUCUUCUGA